AUGACGGUUACUGCUGACGGAUUUAUAUAUGAUGACACUACUGCUCAGCAGCAUGAACCCAUUCAAACCCCUUCCAAGUAUAAUGUAAUUCAAUCUGCUGCAUCGUUGGAUCUUUGUCUGAGCUACUACGUUCCACCCAUUCAAUCAAAUCAACUAUUCAGUCCAGUCUCGUUGCAACCUGAACUUCAAAAAAUCCAAAGACAGUUGCUUACCAUCAAUAUUGAUCAAGCACUCUAUAUCAUCAAACUGCCAGAUGCUGUAUUUUGGAGUUGUGUGCUGUGGCAACCCUUGAAUCAAAAGAUCGAGUCAUCUGCAACACUCUCAAAAGAUCAUUCAAACGACGACCCCACUCCCAUCCUGGCAUGGCUGGACUCGUAUCUUGAGCAGAAAAACAUGUAUUUACAGCGUAUUUUAUUCCAUCAAAAACAGGACUCGCUGAUUCAUGAACCAACAGAUUUAUUGGUGGGAUUGGAGCGACGACUCGAGUAUAUCAUGUUUUGCAUCGCUGUUCGACUAUUGACUCCACCUUCAAAAUACUUGGCAUCGUCAAAUUUGCAAUCUCAGGAAACACAUCUGACAUUUCUCUCAUUAGACGAUCCUACCCAUCAGAACUGGUCAGAUUGUAUUUGGCUUGACAUCUGUCGUUCCAAAUCUGUUUUUACAAGUGCAAGACUUGUCGAAAUCUGUAAACUCUACGCCAUCGCCAACACGGAGCUUAUGCCCCCACUCAUCUCGCAUGUUUUUUUAGAGUUGCCAGCCAUGUUGGAUGAAAUUAUCGAGGCAUUUGUAUUUGUACUUGACAAGGUGCACAGCAUUCAACGACGGAGGCAGAAGGGAGCAAAUGUAAACUAUUCUAAUAAUAGAAAACAAAAAUCAAAAGCAUCAUUGGACGUACCAGACACUGCUUCAACCAACUCUACUACAGACUCAGUUUUGGCUAUUUCUGACAAUUCAGAUAUUUUGAACGAAUUGGAAUUUUUUAUGGAUCUAGUGCAAUCCAUUGAAGCUGUGGUGUGUGGUGGUGGAGAUCUGGUAAUCACCAAGUUAUUUGACAGUCCUCUUGUCCAGAAUUUAGUCGGAAUCUAUGAUCUUUGUACAUUACACUUUCAGGCCUCGACUGGUAUUCCUUUAGAGUAUUCAACACAUGUAUAUGACUCACUAGAUGGAUUGGAUAAAGAAGCCAAUCCCAUUGCAAGAUUAUCCAAGUAUUUUAAAGAAGCAGUCUUGUCUUUAUUAUGGCGACUUGUAGAUACUGCGUUUCUUCAACGUGCUCGACAGCACCUCGAUAAACUUGAAGAAUUCGAGUCAAUUCUAUCAGCCUUGUGCGAUUUUUCUCUUCCUGCGCUAGAACUUUGUACUGUAGAAGGUCAUGCACGCUACCUUUGCGAUGCACCUCUUUUGCUUGAUUUUGAAAUCAAGUUUGGGUUUUGUGACCAAUUACAAAGCAUCAUUCAAGCCCAAGAAAUUCUACUUGGUGCGGAUCAAAGCGAGGGAUUUGAUUCUACCAGAAUUGACUAUCUUGUGAUGUCGUUGGAACAAUUGGUUACGUUUAGUGGAAACGCAAAUACUAGACGUGCUGCCUUGCGUGAUAAAGAGAAUCAAUUGGCUGCUGCUUGCAAGAAAGAAACUCAUCAAAACAGUCCAGAAACUCUACAUACUAAUAAGCCAUCUGAUAAUACCAAAAACGAGGAGCUCAUGAACCGUACUAUUUCAAUUUCGUUGGUACAUGAUUUGUUUCCUGAACUUGGAGAUGGGUUUAUUGAGGCAUGUCUGGUCGCCAUGAACGACGAUCAUGAGCUAGUCACAAUGAAAAUUCUUGAAAAUGAUUUGCCUGAAUAUGUCAAGCAUUUAGAUCGCAAUUUACCAAGAUCCCUGCCGAAUAACCAGGAAAUGGCAUUUAAAACUUCCGACAUCUCGACUCCUUUGCAAUCUAGCAACCUCGUACCAGUAUCUGAGACUCCUAACAAUUUGAUUCCAUCACAUGCGCCUAUUGAUACUAUUCUUUCUCAGCGCCGAAAUAUUUUUGAUGGCGACCAGUUUGAUAUAUUUAAUGCAGGCACAGUAGUUGAUACUGCCAAAGUUAGUCUUGGCAAAACCAAUCGUCUUGCGAAUGUUGAGAGUGAGCGACCAGGAUUUAUUCAAAAAACCAAGGCACUUAUUCUUGAAACUCAAUAUGAGGAUUACGAUGAUGAGUAUGACGACACGUAUGAUUCGUCGGAUAUCAAGUUGGCAGGGACCAUUGAGUUGCAUAUGAUUGAUGAGGAUGAGAAUAUUGUAGAUGGAAAGUCGCAGAAAAAGAUUCAAGUAGACCAGUUGGUACAUGCACAGGAUGCGUUUUUGAUUGGAUUGUAUAGUGUAGAACCAAAAGUGUUUGACAGAUCACAGAGAAAAACAGCACGUCGUGCACAGAUUCGAUCGCAAACAGGAAUGUCAGAUGAGCAGCUUGAAGGAUGGUUCAAGAUGCUUGAACGAAAUCCUCGCAAAGAUCUUGUGUUGGAAAAGCAUGAAUGGCGAGGAAACAAGAGUCUACAAAAUGUAAAGACUGAACCCUCUACAACUGGUUCUGAAAACAACAGUGACACCAAUAUACGUGAUCCUGAAUCAAGUGAACCGACACCAUCCCAAUCACGAAAAAAGCGUGAAAAUGGACCAGCUAGUCGGGGUGAUCGAGGACGAGGCGGUCGUGGUGGUAAAAGAGGCGGAAAUCACAAUCGCCAAGCUGGAUUUGAUAAAAAGAUAUCCAAGGGUAUGGCCAAGCCAGAUGUUUAA